CCCUAAGUUUUGCUACAAAGCCUUUGAGUUGCUUUCUUAUUUCACAAGAGAAAAAAUGAUGAUAUCCAAUCUCCCCGUGGAUUUGGUAGAAGAAAUACUCUCUAGGAUCCCGACUACAUCUCUGAAACGAUUACGACUUACUUGCAAACAAUGGAACGCUUUAUUUCAAACCCGAAAAUUCACGGAAAAACACCUCUGUAAAGCUCCAAAGGAGUUUAUGGUUCUCUUAAGGACGAAUGGUAAGGUUUGUCCAAUGAACGUCAAUCUGAACAUUGCCGCUCCAUCUAUAGAGGUUAAGAGUGCACUUAGCUUAAAGAAUUCAGAUUAUAAUUCAGAAGAAGUUUAUAUAAAUACAGUUUUUCAUUGCGACGGUUUGUUGUUAUGCACUGUGGAUGAUGAUAGACUCAUGGUUUGGAAUCCGUGUUUGGGGGAAACUAGGUGGAUUCAACUCAAAGCUCAUGAUAAUGUGAAAGACUCUACGUUUGCUCUAGGAUACCAAAAUAACCGUAGCUACAAAAUCUUAAGGUGUUGGAAGCGUGGCGAACCAUUCCGUGAUUUUGUAUUCGAAAUCUAUGAAUUGAGUUCUGAUUCAUGGAAAGAUUCCAAUAAGGUCUCUUUGGAACACUUCACACCAGUUAAUAUUGGUGUGUCUUUGAAGGGAAAUAGUUAUUGGGUUACUAUAUAUAAAAAUAAUGUCUAUGAAAGAAAUCACUUGGUAAGAUUUGAUUUUACGACUAAGAAAUUUAAACGUUUGUGUGUUCCGCUAGUUCAAAAUUUGGAUUGGAUAGUUCUAUCAAUAGUUAGAGAAGAACAACUCACAGUGUUACAUCGAAAAAAUCAUACAUCAAAAAUGGAUAUAUGGAUGGCUGAUAACAUUGAUGAUACCCGAGCUACCUUGUCGUGGAGGAAAUUAUUUACUGUGGAACUGAAAAUUCCCACUAAUUCUGUCUCUUAUUGGAUAUGCCAGUACCAAAGCUUUUUUAUCGAUGAGGAGAAGAAAGUGGUCGUGUAUUGUGAUGCAAAUAUUGAUGGCAAUUUCACGGUUAAUAUUGUUGGUGAGGACAAUGCAUAUUACACAGAACACUCUAUUGUACUAUCUGAACGAUGGAUGGGGAGUUCAGGCAUAUUCAGUUAUGUUCCAAGUUUGGUUCGAAUCCUGUGAAGUAGAGGAUAAAGGUACACAAAUGAAGCUAGUAUGGAACAUGGUUUCUUGAAGCUCAAUGAACUGGUCGAUUAUUUUCGUUUUUGUUGCUGUUGUUACAUUAUGAUUCCUUGUUUUUUAUUAGUAGCUUGGGUUUCUUACAAACAACAUAUUAAGACAAUUAUUAGAAGUGGUUUCAUAACCACCUCAUUGAUGAGAUCAAGCAGUGGAGGGUGAGGCUUAUUGUUUUCAUGAAUUGGUUUGCUAUCUUUCUGUUUUGCACUCUUUUCUCGAUCGGGUUAAAAAUUUAUUCCAAUUAAAGAUUUAUUUCUGUUAUAAACAAAAUUCCAAUUAAUUAUAAAAGA